AUGGAAUUACGAGAUGCUCAAGUCCACGAUGAGUCACUUUCCCGAUUGUGGCAGGCCGCUAAAUAUAAGAAAGAUGGGCUAGUUGUAGAGGACGGGAUAAUAUAUUGGCAAGAUAGUUGGUUCAGCAGGCCCAUUAAGCAGGUAGUUGUUCCCCAAGAACGGAGAGCGGAAGUGUUAGAUUUAGUGCACAAAACUCCGUGCAGUGGACAUUUAGGCAGUCGGAAAAUGACGGGUUGCAUUUGCGAGGGCUUCCAUUGGCCGGGAAUGGCGACUGACAUCUGGAAAUACUGCCAGAAAAGUCAUAGGUACCUAGUAAGAGCGCCUGAUCUAGUCCUAGAUAGGACCCCAAUUACACCACUUACUCGGUCCUCAACCCUGUUUCAAGUGGGUAAGAUAGGCAUGAUUGAACCGUUUGAUCCCUCUCCAUCUAACGGUCAUUGA